AAUUUAGACAGACGAUCCGCAUGUGUUCGUAUGGUUCUUGGAAGAUUUUAGUUUUCGGCGUUUGGUUAAUUUAAGUUCGCCGCGUUCUUUUUUUUCUUUCGAUAACAUCGUAGACGAUGGCACAAAGUAAGUUCAACGAUCUGGCCAGUAAAUGGGGCAAAGGGGGCCCUCCCGGAUUAGGUUUAGGGAUGAAACUGUUGGCCGUCGGCGGAGUCGCUGCUUACGGGAUCUCUCAAUCCAUGUACACAGUCGAAGGCGGCCACAGGGCGAUCAUGUUCAACAGGAUAGGUGGUGUACAAAAAGAGAUAUACACUGAAGGUUUGCACUUUCGCAUACCCUGGUUUCAGUAUCCCAUUAUUUUCGAUAUUCGGUCGAGACCGAGAAAAAUUUCUUCCCCUACUGGUUCCAAGGAUCUGCAAAUGGUAAACAUUUCUCUCAGGGUCUUGUCCAGGCCAAACGCCAGCCAACUACCCAUCGUUUAUCGGCAAUUGGGGCUAGAUUAUGACGAGAAGGUGUUGCCUUCCAUUUGCAAUGAAGUACUCAAAUCUGUAGUCGCCAAGUUUAAUGCUGCCCAGCUGAUUACCCAAAGACAGCAGGUAUCCUUGUUAGUGCGUCGUGAACUGGUGGAACGGGCCCAGGACUUCAACAUCAUCCUCGAUGACGUUUCGAUCACGGAAUUGUCGUUCGGCAAAGAGUACACGGCAGCCGUCGAAGCCAAGCAGGUGGCGCAACAGGAGGCGCAAAGAGCUGCGUUUGUGGUCGAACGAGCCAAGCAGGAACGCCAGCAGAAAAUUGUCCAAGCGGAAGGUGAAGCGGAGGCAGCCAAAAUGUUGGGUGAGGCCAUUUCGAGAAAUCCCGGUUACUUGAAGCUGAGGAAGAUCCGAGCGGCUCAGAACAUUUCGAGAACGAUCGCCAAUUCUCAAAAUCGGGUGUACUUAAGCGGCAACAGCUUGAUGUUGAACAUUUCGGAUAAAGAGUUCGACGACCAGAGCGACAAGUUAAAAAGUGACGAGGAAGGCGCGAAAUUUGACGCGCUGAUGGAAGAAUCACGCGAUUUCUCCGUCAUGCAGCUGUCGCAGUUCGCAGCGGACCGAAUCUCUCCCAAAAAUUUCAAGUAAAACGAAAAAAAAAAGAGCAUUUGUCGCGGGCGAUCGGUUGCCAUAGAUUUAUAUAUUUUUUAAAUAAAAUCACAUUUUAAACUGGAAAAAAACGCAAUAGAAAAAGCAAAACACGCACUUGUAGAAAAUAAUUAUCCCAUAAUCUUAAUU